GGCACGGUGCCACUGAGCCCUGGGCAUGGUGAGGGCCUGGAGAAGGCUUCCCCGUGGUCUCCCACAAGUGCUGGGCUGCAGAGCCCUCCUGGUGGGCUCCAGCCAGGCUCAGCCUGCCCAGCAAGGGCUGCAGGGAGCCUGGUUCCCAUGGGACACUCACAGAGGUGGCAGCUUUGCCUUGCACAUCUGGCCCUGUGUGACACCCAGCACUGGAGGGUCAGUGAUCCUCACCGAGGGGGUGAGGUGGACAAAACUGACCCAACACCACUUUGUCCAUCACUAGCUGUCAUCAGAUUAGAUGUUUUAUGCAUUUGAGCUGUUAAAUUUUUCCCUACAGGAUCCUCCUGCUUUGUCUUCUUUAGAUAGAAAGUGGAUUUUUAAUUAAAGGUUACUUUUUAAAUGGAAAUUAAAAUCAAGUAGAUUUUGUUGAUAACACUGAAAUUUUCAUUAAAGAAACAAAAGCAGGAGGCACUGACUAGAAAAUGUAAGUUAACUCAUGAAAUUAUUCUGAAAUUUGACCAUUUCAGUGCAAGUGGAGGCAAAGCUGGAGAAAAGAAAAACAAGGGAUGUUCUUAAAAGAUAUCAAUGCUGAUAGCUUGAGAAUAUUUGCUGAGCAAAAAAUCAGGUUUUGACCUGAAAGAAGGUAAUAUUUCCAGGAAAAUGAUGCUCCCCUCCCUUAUUACACAUGGCACCAAACACAUCAGAUGUUCCUGAUGAUCUCCCCCUGGUAGCUGCAGUCUGGGUGAGGGGCCCAUCCCACAGUGGCCUGCCCUUCUGCUUCCCACAGGGAAUGCUGCCACAGUCUGGCUUUCACCUCCUUGCACCCACCACUGAAAUUGCUCCAGAAGCUGCUUUCCUGCUGCUGCAGCUGCAUGCAGGGAGAUUUUAAUAGGAAACUACAAUGGAAGCAAAAAGGGACUGUUUUAUAUUUAAUGAAGAGAGAGAAGACAUCAGCCCUUCUCCCAGGUCUCCUUUUGCUCAGAGCUCAGUCUCUGGUCUCUCAAAUCUCCAGGCUCCCCAUGAGUUUAUGUUUGCAGUUAGUAGUGCUGCAAAGCACCAGCCUGGCUGCAGCCCUCCAGGGUCCCCAGGCCAUUGUAAAAAGCAGUUUCUUCAGGGUUUGACCUGAACCAAAUGCCAGUUUUGACCUUCCUCCAAACCACUGGACAGAGGAAGAAUUUCCAGCUGACUUGUAAAAAAUUAUUCAGAACACCUGAGCUGCCUGCCGGGCUGUAAUUUGCUUCUACACACCACCUGCAUCUCUUCCUCCCCACCCAAAACUCUCCCUCCCACCUAAAUUCUCACUCCUUGCAUACAGCUAGCAGGUGUUUCUUCAUCUUUUGCAGCUGGUCAGCUUUUCCUGCUCUUUUUAAAGUGCUGCAGUGAGGCACUAGCAGUGGCAUUAUCACUCUGAGGAGUUGGGGGUGGUUGUGUUUAAGGGUAACUGCUGUAGGAAACAAAGCUCUUCCCCUCUGGGUUUUAGGAGGGAGCUUUGGGCUCCUGGCCUGACAGGGCAGGCAGAGAGGGCUGGUGCAGGGAUGGGGAGUGUGGGGAAUGAGAGGUCUCUGUGCUCAGUGGUUGUGGAUUGCUUCCCAUGCUCCAGGCCUCAGCCUCUGGGGGAUGUGCUCCCAGAACUCAUCAAGCACGGCCGGGAGAGGAUAGAACAAACCAUCAAGGCCUCUGGCUCCAGGCUCUGCUCAUAUGCUGAGCGAGUUGUUUUUUUAAUGGAUCGUUCCCGGAGCCCAGACAAAAGCACCCAGGCUUCAACUCCAACCGAAAACAUCAACCUCGGACCUUCUGCUAACCCCAAUGCCAAGCCAACAGACUUUGACUUCCUGAAGGUUAUUGGCAAAGGAAGCUUUGGCAAAGUUCUCCUGGCCAAACGCAAGUGUGACGGGACUUUCUAUGCAGUGAAAGUCUUGCACAAGAAAACCAUCCUAAAGAAAAAGGAGCAAAACCACAUCAUGGCAGAACGCAACGUGCUCCUGAAAAAUGUCAAGCACCCCUUCCUUGUGGGACUCCACUACUCCUUCCAGACCUCAGAGAAGCUUUACUUUGUGCUUGACUAUGUAAAUGGAGGAGAGCUCUUCUUCCACUUGCAAAGGGAGCGCUGUUUCCGUGAGCCCCGGGCCCGUUUCUACGCUGCAGAAGUGGCCAGUGCCAUUGGGUACCUGCAUUCCCUAAACAUCAUCUACAGGGACUUAAAGCCUGAGAACAUCCUCCUGGACUGCCAGGGACACAUAGUAUUGACAGACUUUGGACUCUGCAAAGAAGGAAUGGAGCAAGAGGAGACAACUUCUACCUUUUGUGGCACUCCUGAGUAUCUGGCUCCUGAGGUGCUGAAGAAGCAGCCCUAUGACAGGACAGUGGACUGGUGGUGCCUAGGAGCUGUCCUCUAUGAAAUGCUCUUUGGACUGCCUCCUUUUUACAGCAAGGAUGUGUCUCAGAUGUAUGACAACAUUCUGCACAAGCCACUGCAGAUCCAAGGAACCAAGACUGUGGCAGCUUGUGACAUCCUUCAAGGACUUCUUCACAAGGACCAGAAGAGGAGGCUGGGUGCCAAAACAGACUUUCUUGAGAUAAAGAGCCACGUAUUCUUCAGCCCAAUAAACUGGGAUGAUUUAUAUCACAAGAGGAUUACCCCACCAUUCAACCCCAAUGUGGCUGGUCCAGCUGAUCUGCGACACUUUGAUCCCGAGUUCACCCAGGAAGCCAUCUCUGCCUCCAUCACCCGCACGCCUGACCUCGCAGCCAGCAGCUCCAGUGCCUCAGACGCAUUUUUAGGAUUUUCAUAUGCACCAACUGAAGAGGACAUUUAAGUUUUACAGAGGCUUGGUCAAGCCAUAUUUUAAAUGAAUGGGGUUUAUAGGUUUUUUGGGUUUUUUGGGUUUGGUAUUUUUUUUCCCUUUUGAGAGGUUUGGUACUGU